AUGAGUCUUCUGGAGAAGAUGAAGGAAAAAAUGAAGAAACUUCAGAAGAGGAAGAUGAUAAGUUUUGGGUUUGUCACAUUUCAAAGCGAAGAUGUUGUAGAUAAAGUUUGCGAGAUUCACUUCCAUGAGAUUAACAAUAAAAUGGUGGAAUGCAAGAAAGCCCAACCAAAGGAAGUAAUGCUGCCCGCAAACCUGGCCAAGACGCGGGCGGCUGGUCGGGGAGCAUACGAUUUUAUGUGGUCGCUGGGAGCUCUUCCUGACGGUUUUCCCGCUGCCGCUUAUGCGGCCUACGCGGCCGGUCGAGGUUACUCGGGCUACCCUAGUUUCGGACUGCCGUACCCAACAGUGGAUCUAACCAACGGUCAACUGACACCCAAUAAUAACACACCACUGUUGACCCAGGCUUUGUCAGGGUCUUCGGGUGCCAGCUGGUCUCAACAACCUUCAGGAGCCGACCAGAGCACAGCUCAACCCCACUUCUCGGUUUCCUUUGCAGUCAUGAAUAACUACCAGGCAGCAGCCGCGGCAGCGCAAGGUUUCGGACCUCCUGCUUCUCCUCAUGCCGCGAACACUCGCGGGGGAUUCCCAGCUGCGAAUUCUCCAGGUCCCACCAUUGACAUGUACAACAGCAGCGCGGGAGACAGUGUGGGCUAUGUCCAGGCAGCUAGCCCACAGCCGUCUAGCUUUCCAGCCAUCGCAGUCAGCAGAGCUCCCCUUAACUACAGUCCGGGCCCCUUAAUUCCAGCUGCCUUCACCAACGGCUACCAUUGAGUUUCAGGACUGUCUAGUGUUGUGUGACCCGAAACGGCAGCUACUGUGAUGUCAUCACAACUGCACCUGUACAUUCACUUUAUGUAUAAUAAUAUAAUAAUGUAGCACCCCCGCCAGGCGAGGCCCACUUGUUGUUGUAAUGUUUGGUGUAUGCGUCCCGCUUCCCCGCUCAUCGGCAGCCGCCAAGCGAAUAUCCCUUUAUUGUGGGCGGUUGUCAACACAUUCUGAAGACAUAUCGUCACUUUCAAGGCGCUCCUUCAAAUCAUGUUAUCGGUGUACGGAUGGAAAUGAUAAACCGUUAGAGUUUCUUUCCCUGAAAUGCAGAAUACAACUAGCUUCUUAUUGCAGAAUAAGUUUACCAAUAAAUUAGGGCAAAGUUGAAAGCACAAUAAUUAAGCAAUGUCAUCAGUGUCGAUAUUUUACAGAACAAUUGACAUGAAAGGUAUUAGGUAUCAAUUUUGGCGUCUGAUGAAAAAAAAGGUAUAAAAAACUAAGUCUUAAUGAUGUCCACAUGCAGCAGGCAAGUUGUAAGAUUUACCGUAAUAGAAAAGUUUGUACGAAAAUACGAAUUAAGCCAAACGUUAAGAACAACAAGACUUACUCUUAGAUUUUGACACUAGCACAUGCGCAUUACUUUUUCGGAUAAAUCUUGAAAUUUGUUUCCAAUCAUUAAUAAUAAUAAUUAUAUAUUAUAUGAAUCAUACUAAUAGCUUCUUACUUUUUACUUUUUAGUACCAAAUCGCUUGGAUUUUUUUUUUCAGAUGAAUCGAAAUGUUUUGAGACACUUAAGUUAUUCCUUCAGUCUAAGUAAUACUUUUUUAUGAAAAAUCAAAAUAAUAUUAUCAAAAAACUGUUACACCAACAUCACAGUAUGCUGAAAUGACCAAAACAUUUAAAUACAAAACAUUUUUAUCUAAUAACCAUUUUCACAUUGAAUUAAAAAAAAAUUUGUGUUCCGUAGUCUUACUACUAUCCACUAACUGUCCAACUUUGGCCUAUUUUAAGUAAAACUGUAGAAUAAUCUUUCUGUGAAUGAGACUCAGAGUAUGCUUAGAAUUGGUGGGAAUUGAACGACGCAAAUUUUAGUCGGUUUAGGUUUGAAAUAACAUUCGCUAAUUUGGUUAACUGUGUGAAAUGUGUUUUUAGCGUUGUUAAAUUCCCAUCACUAGGCAUUUAUGCUAAUUUGGAACUAGAUCAGCAUAAUCUAGUGAAGGAAUGUUGAAAAGUGGUGAAAAGUCGUAAAUAAGCGAGCCUAAAUUUCUCCGCUGCCAAAUAUAGUAUCAUAUUAGACUUGGCGAUUUCACUUCAAAUUCUAUAGCAAUGAAUUCCCUUUUUGGAAGACAAAUGUAUGCUGCUAUAUAAAUUUUUGCCACAGGAAGUUUAGUUUUUGAAAUACAAGACAUUAAAAUUGAAAACAGUUUCGUUAGAUACCAGGAAUCGUAGAGAUUUGAAUAAAAUUUAGUACAACUUAAAUUGGAAACCUUUCAUUAAGAAUCUGCAGAGAUCAUUGAUGAGCAUAAUAUAUUUGUUUUUUUUAGAGUUUGUACUGGUAUUAUCACUCUUAUAUUUCAGAACUUCCGAGACAAAAUAGUCUAAUGGAGUUAAGUCAGGUUAGCGAGGUGGUUAACCAACAAGUCGUUUUUUGUUAUUUAUUAGUAGUGCAUAAUUUUUUUUCAAUAGCCAAAAAAAUGACAAACUCAAUAAGUUUGUCGAUUAAAAUACAGAAUUUCCAUCGUUACAAAAAAAAAAGUGAUAACUGGUUAACUGAGCUUUUUCUCCAAAAAUAGUAAGAGACGUUUUUGGUCAGGUUUAGACAGUACCAUCUGAAUUUACUAUUAUUUUCUCGGAAUAACUAAGUAGCAAUUUUUUUCCGGACAAAAUAUACAGAAUGUUAAUUAA